AUGUCAAUCAAGGACGAACGGGAGUUUCAAUGUGCUACCUCAACUUGUUUACCAUUCGUUAUUACUACGGCACUAGACAUCCGACAAUGUCAAACUUACUGUCUGGGACAGGAUCAUUGCAAAGCAAUCACUUUUCAACAUGCAAUUUCGAAGUGUCAGCUGUUUGACAACAUCGCGGAUCAAAAUUACAACUUACAAACAAAUAUAAAGGCUACAACAAUGAUAGUCAUUUCGGGAACACGAAUGCCGCCAGAACCAACCACUGCAUCAACAGUACCAAGCACAGCAGUAACAACUUCAAUAUCAACAUCCUCAACAACAUCGACCUCAACAUCAACAACAACAACAGCAAAAUCAGCCACAACAACAUCAUCAUCAACAUCAACAUCAACAACAGCAACAUCAGCCACAACAACAACAACAAGCGAAACAACAACAUCAGCCACAACAACUGAAGCACCUCGAGUUUGGACAUAUGUGGGAAAUAUGAGCGGUCCACGACACGAACAUGCAGCAUCGUUGUUACUAAAUGGAAAUGUAUUAGUUAUUGGCGGUCAGAGCGAUAGCGUUUAUUUCAAAACUGUUGAAUUCUGUAAUCCAGUAACAUGCAUUUGGACAGUAGUAAAAAGUAUGAAUAUAGCACGAUGUGCGCUCACAGCAUCAGUAUUAUCGAAUGGAAAAGUAUUAGUUACUGGUGGAUAUAAUGGCGCUGGUCUCAAUAGUGCUGAAUUAUAUGACGUGACAUCUGAUAAUUGGACUUUGACUGGAAAUAUGCAUGACCAACGAUAUGGACACGCUGCAUCCGUAUUGUCUGAUGGAAAAGUAUUAGUUACGGGUGGUGGAUUUAGUAUCACUAGUGCUGAGUUAUAUGAUCUAUCAUCAGGUACUUGGACAGUAACACCGAACAUGACUUUUGCAAGAAUUCGACAUCAAUCAGUUGUUUUAUCAAGUGGAAAAGUUUUAGUUAUUGGUGGUAGUAGUUCUAAAAGUGCUGAAUUGUAUGAUCCAUCGACUGGUAAUUGGACAUUGACUGGAAAUAUGAUUGUCACACGAUCUUACCAUACAGCAACCGUAUUAUUAAAUGGGAAAGUAUUAGUUACUGGUGGAGACAAUAAUGUUGGUGGUGUAACUACUGAAUUAUAUGACCCAUCAACUAAUAAUUGGACAUUAGCAGGAAAUAUGAAUAUUGCCCGAUAUUGUCACGCGGCAUUAAUAUUAUCGAAUGGAAAAGUAUUAGUUUCUGGUGGAUAUAAUAGUAGUGUUAGUUUGACUAGUAGUGAAUUAUAUGAUCCAUCAACAAAUAGUUGGACAAUGGCGGCUAACAUGAAUAUUGGACGAAGUUAUCAUGUGGGAGUAGUAUUACAGAAUGGGAGCGCACUAGUAACUGGGGGUUAUUAUUCUUUGGCAACUGCUGAAAUUUAUUAG